AUGCUCAUCAGACAGGGGGCGCUCAUUGCUUUCUGUUUCUUUUCGACUUUGAUUGUGAGCAGGGAGGAGCAGAACACUUACAGUUCUAUCACCAUUCCAGACCUGGCACAUUUUGCAGAAACCUUUGACACAAGCCCAUUGGAUAAAAAAUGGGUUCUUUCCCAAUCACUGAAAGAAGGAGACUUGGACAUUUAUAAAUAUGAUGGAGAAUGGCUUUUAGAGGAGGCCAAGAAUCAAGCCUCACCAGGAAACAAGGGCCUUGUCCUUAAGUCUCCUGGCCAUCAUCAUGCUAUUUCUGCAUACCUGCGGACAGUGUACUACUUCAAAGAAAAACCUCUGUGCCUACAGUAUGAAGUUUUCUUCCAAAAUGGGAUUGACUGUGGAGGAGGCUACAUAAAGUUACUGUCUCAUUCAGACAACCUGCAUUUGAGUCAGUUUAAUGAUGCCACACCAUACAACAUUAUGUUUGGUCCAGACAAAUGUGGAAGUAUAUACAAAGUUCAUUUCAUCUUCCGCCACCGUAACCCAUUGACAGGGAUGUAUGAGGAGAAACAUGCCCGGCAGCCUGAGACUGACCUGAGUGACUAUUUCACUGACCAUAACCCUCAUCUCUACACUCUCAAUUUGUAUCCUGACAACACAUUUGAAAUUCUCAUUGACCAAACACUAGUCAAUAACGGCAGUCUACUAGAGGACAUGGAUCCACCCAUGAUGCCUCCCCGUGAGAUAGAGGACCCAGGAGAUACUAAACCCUUUAACUGGGAUGACAGACGCCUCAUCCCAGAUCCCUCUGUAACAAAACCCCAUGACUGGGAUGAAGAAGCUCCUCAGUUUAUUGCUGACCCUACAGCACAGAAACCUACUGGCUGGAUAGAAGAGGAAGAGCCCUUUGUCCCAGACCCAGAGGCUCAUGCUCCAUAUGACUGGUCAGUGGAGAUGGAUGGGGAGUGGGAAGCUCCUCUUGUUGCUAACCCUGCCUGUGUCCAUGCUGUAGGCUGUGGGCCAUGGAAGCUUCCCAUGGUGCCCAACCCAACAUAUAAGGGGAAAUGGAAACCACCUAUGAUCGACAACCCAAAUUAUCAGGGAAAAUGGCAGCCACGAUUGAUCCCUAACCCAGCUUAUUUUGAGGACACCCAGCCAUUCAGAAUGAGUCCUGUAUCUGCAGUAGGCUUUGAGCUGUGGUCCAUUACUGGAGAUGUGCUGUUUGACAAUAUCCUGCUAUGUGACGACCUCAUGAUGGCCAGACACUGGACAGAGGCUACCUGGGGCCAAAGGCAGACACAUGGGGUUGUGGAGCGGUUACUGUUUGCCACAGGAAAGCGUCCCUGGCUCUGGGGUGUGUAUGUCUUCACCGUGGGCCUUCCCAUCAUCCUCUUUGUCAGUUUCAUGUGGCCUCAUAAGCGAUUUGGCCCCUUGGAUCAGGAUUAUUGUGACAAAAAAGGUGAUGAGCUAGACAGUCCACAAGAUCCAGAGGACAUGAGUUUCACUACCUAUGAACCCAACAACUCUACUGGCCUGAGGAAACGGGAGGUCAAAAAAGUGUAAAAAAAAAAAAAAAAAGGCAGACUUGGAGUUAAAGGCUUUCAAAUGAUGCAAGCUAACUGCAGCUUUCUUUGUGAUUUUACUGAACCUGGCAUGGAUAAAGCAAUGGAGGAUAAAACAUGAAUGGUUUCUGAAUGUUUGGGGGCCCAAAGCAACAUCCCAAACUUGAAAACAAUUCACCAGACACUUGGUGUGGGGGAUUUUUCUUUCCUUUACCUUUUUUUGGUUUUAAAUAGUGAUCAUGUGACUUUCAUAUCAAGUCUUGUGAUGGGAUAAGAAAUGAAUUUUGAAAGAUGGGAUCUCGUGAACUGUAACAAAAGUAUGUUUUAUUUUCCAAAGUCUGUGUUUCAAAUAAAG